CCUUCUCUCCUCCUUCUCCUCUCCCCCUCUCAUCCUCCCUUCCCCGCCCACCCUUCCCUUCCUUAAUCUCCCUCCCUUCUCUAAUCUCCUCUCCUCCCCCUGUGGUUUUCCUCGAGGUGACACCCACGUUUCACUGAAGCCUAGCAGCAACAGCCAGCAGUGCCUGUACAAGGGCAACAUCACACUGGAUGCUGUAUAUAAGGAGCCCGUGAUUCUUGGCGUGGCACAGUGCCUCCUCCGCCUUGUGGCUCCUCGGAACACGUAUUCAUUCUCAGCACUUUCAGCUUUCCUGUAACGAAGGUCCCUUCGGCAGCCAUGACUACCAUCACCGUCGGAUUGUUGGCAGGGACCGCUGGCGGCGCAGGACUCGCCGGUCUGGCCGUCGCAGGAGCUGUAGGUUUGGGCGUCCUGGGUUUGGCCGCCCUCGCCUCCAGGGGUGGAAGGCGCAGACAUCGUGGCGGUAGGAGGAGGCACCACCACCGCGGGCGUCGCUCCUCCGUGGAGGUGGACACCGAGUGGAGGAUGCAGAAUGCCCUCGAGUUGGUGCGAGCGGAGGACGUGACAGGAUGCGGCAUGAGGCUGGUGUGUGAACUGGCCAGCCAGGAGGAACAGGAUCUGGUACAGGAGGAGCUGGCCAUCCUGGCACUGCUCGGGUGA